AUUCCUUUAUAAGGUGCAACCAAAACAGCUGUUAGACAUAGCAACAGGGAUAUUCUGGCAGUGUGUCUGGCUAGCAUUAGUUCUGAAUACGGUUGUGGUUUUGAUCACUAAAAUGGCUGUGACUUUUGGACUCUCUUUGAGUGUUUCAUGGCUUUGUUGCCUGCUAAUUGGAGGGAUAAAGUGUUUUCCACUUCAAGGUGAUGCUUAUGGGCAUCCUGCCUGCACUGGACCUGAACCAACUGGAUCCCAAGCAAGUGUGGUGUCUGUUCCAAAUGCUAAAGCUACUGGCACCAAUACUCUGGCAAGUGUGACGCCAGGUCCAAAUGCCACAGCUGUAGCAACUGCCAACCAUGCCUCAACAGAAGCGGCUGGCCCCCGCACCUUAGCUAAAGCAACUGCCAACCAUAACUCUGCAGAAGCGGCUGGCCCCCGCGCCUCAGCUGAAGCAACUGCCAGCCAUACCUCUGCAGAAGCGGCUGGUCCCCGCGCCUCAGCUGAAGCAACUGCCAACCAUACCUCUGCAGAAGCGGCCGCCGGCCCCCGAGCCUCUGCGGAAGCGGCCCGCGCCUCAGCUGAAGCAACUGCCAACCAUGCCUCAGCAGAAGCGGCCCACGCCUCAGCUGAAGCAACUGCCGACCAUACCUCGGCAGAAGCGGCUGGCCCCCAUGCCUCAGCUGGAGCAACUGCCAACCAAGCCUCAGCUGGAGCAACUGCCAACCAAGCCUCAGCUGGAGCAACUGCCAACCAAGCCUCAGCUGGAGCAACUGCCAACCAAGCCUCAGCUGGAGCAACUGCCAACCAAGCCUCAGCUGGAGCAACUGCCAACCAAGCCUCAGCUGGAGCAACUGCCAACCAAGCCUCAGCUGGAGCAACUGCCAACCAAGCCUCAGCUGGAGCAACUGCCAACCAAGCCUCAGCUGGAGCAACUGCCAACCAAGCCUCAGCUGGAGCAACUGCCAACCAAGCCUCAGCUGGAGCAACUGCCAACCAAGCCUCAGCUGGAGCAACUGCCAACCAAGCCUCAGCUGGAGCAACUGCCAACCAAGCCUCAGCUGGAGCAACUGCCAACCAAGCCUCAGCUGGAGCAACUGCCAACCAAGCCUCAGCUGGAGCAACUGCCAACCAAGCCUCAGCUGGAGCAACUGCCAACCAAGCCUCAGCUGGAGCAACUGCCAACCAAGCCUCAGCUGGAGCAACUGCCAACCAAGCCUCAGCUGGAGCAACUGGCAACCAAGCCUCAGCUGGAGCAACUGGCAACCAAGCCUCAGCUGGAGCAACUGGCAACCAAGCCUCAGCUGGAGCAACUGCCAACCAAGCCUCAGCUGGAGCAACUGCCAACCAAGCCUCAGCUGGAGCAACUGGCCCCCGCGCCUCAGCAGGAGCAACUGGCCCCCGCGCCUCAGCAGGAGCAACUGGCCCCCGCGCCUCAGCAGGAGCAACUGCCAACCAAGCCUCAGCUGGAGCAACUGCCAACCAUGCCUCAGCUGGAGCAACUGCCAACCAUGCCUCAGCUGAAGCAACUUCCGGCUCCCGUUCCGCUGCUGCAGCAGCGGCAGGCCUUGAUCAGACGGCCCGACCCCUCAACAAGCUAGAUAGGGAGAUCAUAAUUUGGUUUGCCCAACUCCUUAAUCGUCUUUCCCCUGUUACUGUGCCUCCAUUUGAAGAAAAGGGGAAAGGUAACUGAGGUGAGGAAUUGUGCAAACUAAUGCGCUUGUUUGAAAUGAUCUCCUUCACUUGCGUAUCGUCAUGCAAAUUGUUUACAGGGGUGAACACUACAAUGGUAUGAAUUAUUUUCAAAACCCUACGACAAAAAUUUACAUCUGAUUUGGCCUCCAUUGCUGAAACUUAGGUUGUACAGUUAUGAUUUUGAUUUGUCCUGGUGUUCCUGCUACUCUGACAUGAUUUGUUCAAUAAACAAUUUGACUUCCAAAA